AAUAUUUUCUUAAAGUUAAUUAACUGAAGCUUAGAAUUUUGCGGAGUUCUAGGUUAAUUAACAAAUACUUUAACAGCAUAUUAAUAAUUGGGCCCUAUCAAAAAUCAAUGUAUUAAUCAGUACUAUUAUCCAGCACUAUUAAUUUAUUUUAAUGGACUUUUCAAAACUAGAAUUUUGCUUUAAUUUUGCAAAAUAUUGAACAUCAGCGUUGAGUGAGUCAACUACAUAAGGGAUAUUGAUUUUAUGACGUGACUUUCCUUGACUAUGGAGACAAAAACUUGGACAGUUGUAUUAUUUAUUGAUGACAAAAGUGUUGAAGCUGUUCCCUCAAAUUGGAUUCAAGGGGAAAUUUGUCACUGGCCAUCAUUUGCUACAGAUAAAUUACUUCAGGCAAUAAGGAAAUGUGAAGCGCUGAACACUUGUUGGCCAAGCCAUAAUGUAAGAAUAUUUAGAAAUGCUACUUUUGAUGAUUAUGGGAAAGCGAGGAUAAAAGCAAAAGUUGCAGAAGACACAAGUGACUUAAACUCUGACGAUACAGAAGAAAUUAAAAGAAAGAGGGUGCAGAAAAUUCUUUCUAGCAGUGAGUCAGAUGUUGGCGAUGUUAGUUUCUUACCCUCUCCACCUAAAUUGAAGAAAAUUCGAAGAAAAGGUACCGUGAGUGAAAUUCAAGCAAGUGGCAGUGCUACUGACAUAUCUGAAAACAUAGUGGCAUAUACUGAUAUUCUAGAAUUAGAUAAUGUUGAAGUGGAUGGUGGCAACAAAAAACAAAAUAAUGUUUGUAAAUCCUGUGCAGAGAAGGAUAAACAAUUCAAAGUUCUUAUAGAACAGAUACAUAUUAUUCGUGGGAUGACCAUAGAUAUCUUGUCAGAGGUAGCAGCGAUAAAAAAAGAAAUUAGGAAGGGCCAGGUUCUUAAUGAUGGCCAUGAAUCAUUUUAUAAAAAAAAUAAUAUUAAAUUACCUUUAACAACCGAUGAAGAAUUGGAGAUUUUGGAGUCCAUACUCUUAAAUGAGGACGAUUUUCAACUACUGGUUACUGAAUUAGCAAAAGUUGGAGGCACUACAUGCUAUAAUUUUGUAAAAAGAAUUCUUUCUACUUGUUUAACAAACGACAUGGCAUUGAAAUACAGUUGGUUGGGCAGAAAAGGGAAACAAAAUUUUUCAAAGUCUAACUUGUCAAAAGUCAUAAUAUAUGCAGCGGAAAAGGCUGGUGUAUCACCGAGUAGGUCUGCGACUGAAGUAGCCAUGCAAACAUGGCUCAAGAGAGCCAGCGAUAGAAAAAAUAGUGCCAUAAAUAAAAAUAAUUAAUACCUAAAUAAAUUAUAGUCAUGGG